AUGGCAGCUCCGCGUUUGCCAUUCCUAUGGCCGGUGCUGUUUCGCCCUGUGCAGCUCGCGCGACCAAGAGUACAAAGAGUACACGUGCUCCGUCAUACCUCUCAUUUCAAUCGCAAUCUAUCCACGACCCCGCGUCGCCGCCAGGGAAGUGUACCGAAACGAUACGGUACUGCUCAAGAGCCCGCUGAACACUUGCGGGAUGCCCAAGAGCAAAAAUUACAGAAGGACCAAAAUGACAACGUGGAAGCUGAAGCUAAAGCGGAAAAUGCCUCUGAGUCGGUAGAGGAAGAAGAGGAAGAAGAGCUCCCGUCAACGGCAACUACGAAAGCGACCCAGUCGAAUGUAAUCGAAUCCGUGGAUAGCACUCCUCCUACUUCUCAACCAGAGCCUCCACGUACACCAGAUUCUAAGCCUUUGGAAACCAUCCUUCACAUGCCUUCUCCCGCGGAAGAAGAGCAGCGAAAGCCUCCGCACCUAAAGACCCCACCUUACGUCCAUCACUUUGAUACAUACGGGCUCGUAAAAGGCCUUACAAAGAGUGGUUUCACGCAAGAACAAUCUGUUACAAUCAUGAAAGCUGUUCGUGGAGUCUUAACGGCGAAUAUGGACCUUGCGCGGGAUGGACUAGUGUCAAAAUCCAACGUCGAAAACGAAACAUACCUGUUCCGCGCAGCCUGCAGCGAACUACGCACCGAGUUAGAAAACAAAAGGAAAGGAGAGAUCGAGUCGAUGCGUUCUGAGAGGAAUCAGCUUCAGCACGAAGUGGACAUUCUCAAUCAGAGGUUGGGACAGGAAACUAGUCACUUGAAAGAUGAGCUCAAAGGGCUUUUCGAUGACCGCAAAAUGGCAGUCAGGCAAGAGCAGAGGACUAUGGAGACAAUGAUCCAAGAACUCAACUACAAAAUCACUGUGGUCUUGAACUCAGAUUCGCGCAGCGAUGUUGAAGGCUUACGAUGGGUACUGACCCGCCGAGCUGCUAUUACUGUUGGAGUUGCAGCAGUCAUGCUGUUCUUGUCCCUGAAAGCCUCAAGUCGAGCCUCGCAUGCUGAGGAUUCAAAGAAGGCGAAGGAAAACAAGCCGCCACCAGAACCCGAUCACAGCCCCAAAGAUUCUGGCGAGUUCAGACCACCGCAUAAUCAGAGCACGCUCGGUGGGGAGAUACUAGUCACAGAGGGCGGCGUAUCUCUUGCAUAA